UAAACCCUCUGUAUUCUUCAUAAUUUGGUUCGCAGGAAUUUGAAGGCAAUGGAACAAAGUCCCCAAGUUCAUCAACCUCGCUAUGCAGAUGCGAGUUGGACUAUGGAGGUCGACUGUUCUUGUCCCGAGUGCAAGCAAAGGAUAAUUGAAAGCAUCGUAUCAAUUGUUGGUGUGUACGACAUUGACUUUAAUGGCACUCAAGGGAUAGUCAAGAUUUCAGGAGAGGUUGAUCCAAACAUGCUUAUCCGAACAGUUAGAAGAUGUGAUAGGCACGCUAAAAUACUUGGAGUUAGAAUAACUCAUCCUGAAUACGUGAAUAGAAAUAAUAAUAUUCGUCGUCGUGCAAAUUGUAACGAUCAUAAUCAUAAUCAUAAUCAAUAUCCGGCGGUUGAGUAUGGCCAAUGCAACGGCAGUGCACUAGCGCUCGAAGGCGGCGGUUGUGGCAGUGGCUAUGGUUAUAAUUCUAACUAUCAUCCUUCAAUUUAUCCGGCCGUGAGUGACAGGCUAGCCGCGGAGCUACAUGGCCGCCCUUAUGGUGGCUCCGGCGGCUUUUACCGGCAAUCAUAUCCUCAAAUGGAUUAUUAUUAUGACAGGAUGAGGGCUGAAGAAAGUUGGUGCACCAUCAUGUAG